GUUGGAAGUAAAUAAUAAACAACUUCUGGAGUUCUUUGAAAGAAAACCUGAGUUUACACAAAAGACUCGAAACAUCACAAGUUAUGGCUUGCCCAAUAGCUGGUCACUUGUCACGAGAUGUUUAAAGUUCGAUUGUUGGAAUUUGAUAGUAUAGCAAUCGCUGAUUGUGUUAGUCUUACAAAGAACAGUCUGAGGUUAGUCAAAUAUCUUAAAAAAUAGGUCGCCUUGUCAUGCGCCUAUCAAACAAAAGUCUUUAUUCAACUGAAGCGCCUUUGCUUGAUUUACAUGAAAAGCUGAGAUUCAAAAUAUACUUUAUAACCAGUUCAAUAAUUGGAAUUACAUCAUAACGAGAAGCGCACAUUCCCCUGUUCGGUGACGGUGUAUAAAUUCGUGCGACGGCCUGAAUUUCCUGACAAGAGUCGGAUUAUAUUAUAGCGCGCAUUUUAUAACUUAUCUCGAGAUUAUAAAAGCUGUGCUGUAACAGAACCAGAAUUGUAGAAUACUUCCUACAUUGGAAACCUACGCACAAGAACAAAGUCAAACUUAUCAUCAAGUCCAAAUUACAUCAUCACUUUAUUCAAUAAUCUCCGGUCUGGUUUUAGCCCACACUCAAAGAAAUAAAGAUACUCAAAAGAUUCGAAACAUCAUGAGAACAUUAAAAUCUAUUAUAUUUGAGGACGAUUUGGGCACGGAAAGAUUAAUUCAUGAUGAAGACGAAUUUUCAGACCCCGAGGGAGAUAGCCAAAGCGAAAGGGCAUCAGAUUACAGUGAUUGCCGAGAAGCCAGCAAAUUUUCGCAUAUUGAAAGUGACCAGUCGAUAGCAAAAACCGAAAGCCUCAAUUCAAUGCCUGAACUUGGUGGCGGGUCAGAAAACACUGAAGCUAAAUCUUUCCAAUCGUUUGUGGACGAGAAAUAUGAAGUUCUGACAAACCCGGAAAUGUUUUUGCCCGAUGAAAACAAUCCUUUUAUGAAAUGUUGGAGCCUACUUCUACGUUGUUCGCGGGUAUCAGGAAUGAAGCUACCACACAAUGGUAAAAUUUGGAGACCUGUUUUGGUCAAACUGGAAGAAAGCACUCUUAAAUUUCACGCUGAAGAUUUUGAAUCGUCCCCACCAAACAAAACGAUUAAUCUCACAUGGUUUUAUUCCUUCUCCAUACCAGGAAUUAAAACAAAGUUAAUCCAGAGGGAAUUCGUAUUUACGACAGUAUUAGUGAAUGCGUUACACGGUACGCGUGGACGUCUCGCAAAGAUUCGCAGUUGGUCGUCGGGGGUGAAACUUGGUUGCGCAAAUUAUACCGUGAUGCUAGAUUUUAUAGAAACUGUCCAGAAAUGCAUUUCCACUUUUCCGGCUUUUCGACCGGCGGGAAUUUUUUAUGAGACAGAAAAAGUGUCACUCAAUGUACAAGAUAUGUACGAACUCGUACAAGAGAAAAAACCCAAUGUUACCGAAGUUGCCCAACAGGAAAAAUACAACGUUACUCAAGUUGUACAACAAGAGAAACACCAUGUUAUGUUAAAGCAAGUACAGAUUAUGCUAAAGGCCAAAGUAUCGGCGAGUCCUGAAUGUAGUGUACACGUGAAGUACAGGGAACGUUUUUCAAAGAAGCCAGCCAUAGAUGAUGUUAGUUUUCACAAGUGUGUUAAGAGUCGUUCCCUAAACAACCAGACAGUCACAGCAAGGUUUCUGCCGUUUGAUGAUUGUUGGUUUCAGUUGAUGUUUUGGAAAGGUUGUUGUUCGAAGCCUGCGCCUUUGCGUUGUGAGGUAACGGUUACAGUGUGUGGCUACAGUUCAGUUCAGAUUCAGGCUCGUAUUUUUACUGGUUCCACGCAUUUGGAAGUGAAAUCCGCAAGCGAUAUCACGCUAAGGUUAGUAAAGACGCAUUGUGGUGGUGGGUGGUGAUGAUGAUGGUGGUGAUUGACGAUGGUAGUGAUGAUAGUAGUGGUGAUGAUGGUGGUGAUGAUGAUGAUGAUGAUGGUGAUGAUGAUGGUGGUCAUGAUGAUGAUAGUGGUGAUUGACCAUGGUAGUGAUGAUGGUAGUGAUGAUGGUGGUGAUGAUGAUGAUGGUGAUGAUGAUGGUGGUGGUGAUGAUGAUGAUGAUGAUGAUGAUGGUGGUGAUGAUGAUGAUGGUGAUGAUGAUGGUGGUGAUGAUGAUGAUCGUGAUGAUGAUGGUGAUGAUGAUGAUGAUGAUGGUGGUGAUGAUGAUGGUGGUGAUGAUGAUGGUGGUGGUGAUGAUGAUGGUGAUGAUGAUGAUGUUGGUGGUGAUGAUGAUGAUAGUGGUGAUUGACGAUGGUAGUGAUGAUAGUAGUGGUGAUGAUGGUGGUUAUGAUGAUGAUGAAGAUGAUGAUGCGAUGGUUAUGGUGUUGAUAAUGGUGAUGAUGGUAUUGAUGGUGAUGGUGGUGAUGAUCAUAACGGUGAUGUUGGCGGUGGUAUUAAUUAUUUUUAACCAUUCUUCUAGGUUCUACAUUCCGUCGGAAUGGCUGGAAUCCGAGAGAAAACCUUCAGUUGGAACCAUACAGCAUUGUACGGAUGUUACAAAAGGCAGUGUAUCUUACAGUCCAAACGUUGAAACAAUGUUGUGGUCUAUACCUAAACUAUCUUUCAACCCGUGUCGUCACUUCUACCUGAAUGGUAAACCUUUGGCAACACUAAACACCCUGUUCGAAUCACCUUUUUGCUGUAAGACUCAAGAGAUGGUCAAAGUACCCGUGCAAAUGGAUUUUUUUACGAAAGGAAGUCCGCAGUCUUCAGAAGUUGAAGUUACAAACAUGAAACUGGGUCUCAAGUCAUUCGGGAACUUGAAGAUGCGCUACACUUCGAUGUAUCGUAUUAGAAUUCCUGUGACGUCAAGUAUUGCAUAAAUGGACCGAUAUCAUACUAGAGAUGGGUGUUCCGUCGAACGUCUGGACCUGUGGUCUGGACGAACUCGAGUAAAGAAAAGAUGGUUUGUCUGCGUAUAUAAACGAGGGACACAAUCGGAUCUUUCGUCAAGGGGAACUAUGUAUCUUCGUAGUUUAUGUGCGGUAUAAAUACGACAUUGAAACAUUGACCAACUAUAGGAAAAUACACUAGAUUACCGCUACAGGAUCGAUCUUUUCUUUUUAAACUCAGUGGAUAUAAAUCCGUCUCUAGUAGUAUUUAUCGGUCCAAUAUGUUAUUUAUAAGAUUUGCAUUUUAUUGUGUUGGGCAUAUAUUAUAUGAGAUUAUGAAAGAAAAUAGAUAAUAUUGU